AUGUCCUGGUUCUACAGGCUGGAGUGCACAAAGCCGCUGAGUAAGCCAGAGGAUUUGACAGGCACCCUCAUCGACAUGGUCCAACACAUAUGCUUUUGGAAACACCAGCUGUGGAGACAGUCGUAUAAACCGCAGAAUCCCAUGCUUCUUGACCCAAACACGGCCUCUCCCAAACUCAUCGUAUCUGAGGACCUCACUGCACUUUCACACACUGAGGAGGAAGAGCAGAAACGUCCAGACAACCCAGAGAGACUCCAUAUCGGUGUGCUGGGGUCCAAGGGCUUCACUACUGGUCUUCACUGCUGGGAUGUCGAUGUUGGUGACAAUGACUCCUGGGCCCUUGGCGUAGUGAAGCAGUCAGCCCAAAACAAGAGAGGAAAGGCAAUGCAGCUAGAGGAUGACCUAUGGAGCAUCUACUACAUGGAUGGGAAGUAUUGUGCCGGCACCACGGCAUGGACCGAGCUCACAGUGGACCAGCAACCCCGAAUUAUUCGAAUUUCAUUGAACUGUGAACGUGGGGAGUUAUCUUUUUUGGACUUGGAUGCAAUUGCUCCUUUGUACACCUUCACCAAUGUCUCCAAGGAGGCGCUUUUUCCUUACUUCAAUACUACAAGUUCAAUAUGUCCACUACGCCUCUGCUUUCCAAAACAUGCAUGUGAUUUAAUUGCGAAUGAUUGA